UUGACAGUUCGAGAAGCUAUUAAUCAAGGUAUGGAUGAAGAACUAGAAAGAGAUGAAAAGGUAUUUCUGCUUGGUGAAGAAGUUGCCCAGUAUGAUGGUGCAUAUAAGGUUAGCAGAGGCCUAUGGAAAAAAUACGGUGACAAGAGGAUCAUAGAUACUCCCAUAUCAGAGAUGGGCUUUGCUGGAAUUGCUGUUGGUGCAGCUAUGGCUGGGUUGCGGCCUAUCUGUGAAUUUAUGACCUUCAACUUCUCUAUGCAAGCCAUUGACCAGGUUAUAAACUCAGCUGCUAAGACUUACUACAUGUCUGCUGGCCUCCAGCCUGUGCCCAUAGUAUUCAGGGGGCCCAAUGGUGCCUCAGCAGGUGUAGCUGCUCAGCACUCACAAUGCUUUGCUGCAUGGUAUGGGCACUGCCCAGGUUUAAAAGUGGUCAGCCCCUGGAAUUCCGAGGAUGCAAAAGGACUUAUUAAAUCGGCCAUUCGUGAUGAUAAUCCAGUGGUGAUGCUAGAGAAUGAACUAAUGUAUGGAGUUGCAUUUGAACUUCCUACAGAAGCUCAGUCAAAAGAUUUUCUGAUUCCUAUAGGAAAAGCCAAAAUUGAAAGGCAAGGGACACACAUCACUGUAGUUGCCCAUUCAAGACCAGUGGGCCACUGCCUAGAAGCUGCAGCGGUACUGUCUAAGGAGGGAAUUGAAUGUGAGGUGAUAAAUUUGCGUACUAUCAGACCAAUGGACAUUGAAGCCAUAGAAGCCAGUGUCAUGAAGACAAAUCACCUUGUAACUGUGGAAGGAGGCUGGCCACAGUUUGGAGUGGGAGCUGAGAUUUGUGCCAGAAUCAUGGAAGGCCCUGCAUUCAAUUUCCUUGAUGCUCCUGCUGUUCGUGUCACUGGUGCUGAUGUCCCUAUGCCUUAUGCAAAGAUCCUAGAAGACAACUCCAUACCUCAGGUCAAAGACAUCAUAUUUGCAGUAAAGAAGACACUGAAUGUCUAAUUUGGACUUUGAAUAUCAAGUCAUUGAAAUUUCUUUAAAAUACUUCUUGGGGUUUUUUCUGAUGUGUACUGAGAAACUUUCCUAGUUAUAAAGUCAAUGCUAAAGCAGCAGCAGGUGUCUCUGUACUGAUAAGAAGCUUAAAUAUGCUUAUGAGUGGAAAACUCCACUUCCCGCGGUAGAUGCUAUACUUUCUUUGUCUGUUACGGUUGGUCUAGUCUUUGAGUAAGAUUAAUAUAAAUAUUUUCCCUCUUUUACUACAAGGGGCAAGAAUGUUGCAGAGUCCUGAUGAAAGAUAUACCCCCAGAAGAUACAUGUUUAAAAAGUAUAUUAUCUACAUUUGCUUUAAGUUGUUUUGAUAAGGAAUAAAGGGGAUUUCUACCUAUGAGUAAUCAUGCGCCCCCCCCCCCCCAAGGUUUCUCUAUGAACAGUUCUGGCUGUCUGGGUACUCACUUUGUAGACCAGGCUGGCCUCAAACAGAGAUCUGCUUGCCUCUGCCUCCCAAAUGUUGGGAUUAAAGGCAUGUGCUCAGCUGACACCACUGUUGUAAUCCAGGCAAACCUGGUCCUGCCUCUCACUCACCUGCACAUGGCAGGUGUAUACACCCUGGAUCUUUAAACUUCACCUACUUCCAUUCUCUUUCCUGCUGUUUCCCGUGGGGCAGAAAGGACUUUUGCUGUCCCUCUUCUCUUCUGUCCUCUCUCUCUUUACCUCUUUUCUCCCCCACCCCCUUCCUUCCCUUUCUAAUAAAACUUCUCAUUUAAGCUGUC